AAACACAGCGCCGGGAAAGCGACUGCGAGGCUCCCACUCCGCAUUAAAACUUGCCGUUCGCUCGCUUCCUCGUCUGUUCAUCCAUCAAUCCCAGUGGACUCUCUCGUUCUUGCAAUCUUGGAGGUAUUUCUCCCUCCCCAUGAGGUUCAUGGAGAGGUGGAGAUGCGUCAGCGUGGUGGGUCUGGUGCUCUUGCUGUCCACUGCUUCCCAUGGGAGAGAUCUCUCAGUCAAGCAUUGUGAGCAGACUUUGAACUAUAGCCACACUCUUGCCAUGACUCUUGUGGAGUAUGCUUCUGCUGUGUACAUGACCGAUUUAACAGCUCUGUACACAUGGACAUGCUCAAGGUGUAAUGACUUGACUCAAGGCUUUGAGAUGAGAUCUCUCAUUGUGGAUGUGGAGAACUGCCUGCAGGCAUUUGUUGGCAUUGAUCAUAAUCUGAAUGCCAUCAUUGUUGCAAUAAGAGGGACUCAAGAGAACAGUGUGCAGAAUUGGAUCAAGGACUUGAUAUGGAGACAGCUUGAUCUGAGCUACCCAAACAUGCCUAACGCAAAGGUGCACAGUGGAUUUUUCUCCUCCUAUAAUAACACAAUUUUACGUCUAGCUAUCACAAGUGCUGUCCACAAGGCAAGAAAGUCAUAUGGAGAUAUCAAUGUUAUAGUUACGGGGCACUCAAUGGGAGGAGCCAUGGCAUCCUUCUGUGCGCUUGAUCUUGCUAUCAAUCUUGGAAGCGAUAAUGUUCAACUCAUGACUUUCGGACAACCUCGUGUUGGCAAUGCUGUUUUUGCCUCUUACUUCGCUAAAUAUGUACCAAACACGAUUCGAGUCACACAUGGACAUGAUAUUGUACCACAUUUGCCCCCUUAUUUCUCCUUUCUUCCCCAUCUAACUUAUCACCACUUCCCAAGAGAGGUAUGGCUCAAUGAUUCUGAUGGCAACAUAACCGAACGGAUAUGUGAUGACAGCGGCGAAGAUCCAAAUUGCUGCAGGUGCAUCUCCACAUGGAGUUUGAGCAUUCAAGACCAUUUCACAUAUCUGGGAGUUGAUAUGGAAGCUGAUGACUGGAGCACUUGUAGGAUCAUCACAGCUAAAAAUGUGAAGCAAUUCCAAAAGGAUCUUGCCAGCAACAUCAUCAUCUCAAAGCACUCUGUCGAUGUCACUAUUGUAGAGCCUAGUUCACAAACAUAUUGAAGCAAUUCUGGAUAGUCUACGAUUUUCUUUUAUACGAUUUAGAGCAAAGGAUGGAACCUUCAUCUUCUCUUCAAGAUGAAGACUUCGUUAGAAAUCCAUUCAGAUUUGGAUGUACAGUACAGGGUUCUUUCCAUAGCUUGUGAAUACAGAUGUAAAUAAGAAUGGUAGGUUCAUAGGUCUUAGUUUCUCAUUAUCCUUUUCUGAUGCAUGAACGGUUGUCUUUGGUCAUGCAUCUUGUAUAUAAAAUAAAAAAACAAGAAUAUUUCCACCCAUGUAUAGAUGCCCACACAAUUACCUGUA